AUGUUGAAGGAAUCAAUACUAAUCGGUGAAGAAGUAAAUGAAAAAUCUACACGAGAUGAACCACAUAAGUCAGAAACCAAUUUUAUUGAUAUGAUAAAAAGAGUAUUGGUCGAAUACUCACCUACUGUAUCCACCGAUAGUGAAGAACUCGACUUGGAUUGCGUGUGCCAUAAGUGCCCCGCGACUAUGACCAGCACACCAGAACUGGUAGAACAUUUCAUCAAAAUUCACUCAUCUGAUAUCACGAACUAUGAAACUUUGCAGCAAUUUAUAAAAGAACAUAUCACAUUCGAAGAAGCGCUCAACAUGGAGGAUUCAGAUUCAGAUGAUGGAUCAGAAGCCAACGUCGUUUCACGUCCACAACAAAAAACAAUUGACGCUUUACGAAAUUUCUUCUGUCCAUUUUGCAAGAACAUAUUCUCUUCGUCGACCCGACUCAUUUGCCAUCUCAAUCGACAUAUCGAAGUAUCAAUAGACGAAGGCGUACAGUGCUGCGAGAAAACUUACAGCAACAAAAAAACGUUCGUGCAGCACUUGCAAGAACAACACGUGAAUCGGGUUCUAGACGAGAGCAAAGACAUCUGUCGAAGUUGCGGUUUCGAGGCGGAAGACGCGUGCGAGCUUCAAACGCACGUGAAUACAGUGCACGACUACAGAAAGAGCGGCAAGAGAAAAAACAUCGAGGGGAGCGCCAAAAACCAACGAUACAUUCCCGCCGUCUGCCCGGAAUGCAACAAAACUUUUUCGAACAAAUACAACAUGUUCGUGCACAUGAAAAGUCACAACGGAGGCGGGGGAGAGAAGUAUCCUUGCGAUAGAUGCGAUAAAUCUUACAGCAACCCGGGAAACUUGAAGUACCACAAGAGAGUCACGCACGAGGGGAUAAUGAAUUUCCCUUGCACGUUUUGCGGCGAAGCGUUCCCCGGCCGCCUCGCUCGCGAUACACAUAUGCGAAUACAUUCGGGCGACACGCCCUACUCGUGCCGAGAGUGCCACAAAUCGUUCCGGGCCAAGAACAGCCUCGACCGACACCUCGACGCCCAUCUCGAUAUAAGAAAAUACCGCUGCUCCGUCUGCCCGAACAGAUUCAGGAAGAGAAGUCACCUGAACUACCACCUAGGCACGCACGAGUCGAAGAAGUGAAGUAACGAAGAUUAUUUGUUGCAGAUGGGAAUCCCGCCCGGUCAAACUCGAAAAGAUAGACCUAGAUCGAACCGUUCGCGAACUCGUCGACCGCGGGGACGACGAGGUGGACCGCGACGGCGGCCGCCGGACCGGCGAGUCCGCCGACGAGGACGACGAGCCGCUGGCAAACCUAGCGAGCAGAAAGGCGGCCGACCUCUAUGCGAACUUCUACCGAGCUCUCGUCGACUUCAAAGACCAUCUCCGGCGGGAGCACGCCCCCGGCCCGCCCGAUUCCGAAUCGGACGACUCCGAGGCGACCGACGGAAACUUCGCCGAACCGGCCGACCCCGACGUCGACGGCUACGACGACCUGUCGCCGUGCAACAUGAGGAAGGACAGGAUGGACGAGGAGACGCGCCUCGAGCUCGGCCGCGUGCAGACGAAGAUAAACGGCAGAGCGUUCUACGCGUGCCCCGUCUGCGGGAAAAACUUGAGCUCGGCGCACACGUACGUGUUCCACAAGCGGAUCCACACCGGCGAGCGGCCGUGCGUGUGCCACGUGUGCGGGAAACAGUUCCGCGCGCCCAACGGGCUGCGGCGGCAUCUCACCGAGACCCACGAGCGGGCGCGCCGCCACGCCUGCCGCCUCUGCCUCAAGAGCUUCGCCAACUCGCAGAACCUCAAGCAGCAUCUGCGCAUCCACACCGGCGAGAGGCCCUACGUGUGCGCCGACUGCGGGAAACGGUUCGCGCAGAGCGGCUCGCUGCACGUGCACGCCAAGACCCACAGCGGGCAGAUGCCGCACGAGUGCGCCGAGUGCGGGGCCAAGUUCCGGCUGCGGGCCGGCCUCCAGCGGCACCGGCUGCGCCACUCCGGCGAGAGGGCCCACGCCUGCGAGCUGUGCGGCCGCGCCUUCCGCCUGCGGCACGAGCUCACCGCCCACGUGCGCAGCCACGACGUCGCGCGGCCGCACGUCUGCCGCGCCUGCGGGGCCGCCUUCCGGCAGCGGCGGGCGCUCCGCCACCACGCGCGCCGCGUCCACGGCCUCGACGCCCCGCCCGGCGAGACGCCGCCGCCCGCCCCUCCGCCGCCGCCGCCGACUUACGCUCGGGUCGCGAACUACUAGAUUCCUCGCUCUCAACACCGAACGGAACCCGCCCGUCCGGGCGGAACCGCCGACGCGGCGGAGGGCGCGACGGCCGGGGAGCCGAGCGCGAGGCGGGCCUCAGCCCCGGCCGAAAGCCCGAAGCCGACGGCGCCCGAGGGCGAGGGGCCCGCCCCGGCGAGUUCGCGGCGGCGGCGCGCGCGGGCCGCCUGCUGCCCGACGUGCGGGCUCGGGUUCGUCGACGGCGGGAACCUGGCGCGGCACGUGCGCGCGGUCCACGCCCGCCAGCGCCCCUACUCGUGCGCGCUCUGCCCGAAAGCUUUCUCCCGCCGGAGCCACCUCGAGGACCACGCGAGGUCGCACUCGGACCGGCGCGACUUCGUGUGCGACGCGUGCGGGAAGGCGUCCAAGUCCCCGGCGGCGCUGCGCAUGCACCGGCGCGUGCACUCGGCGGGCCGCCUGCCGUGCCCGCGCUGCGCCGCCGUGUUCCGCCGCGCGGGGGAGCUGCGCGCGCACCUGUCCGUGCACACCGGCGAGCGCGCGCACGCGUGCCGCUGCGGCCGCGCCUUCCGCCUGCGGAGCCAGCUCACCGCGCACGCGCGCCGCCACCGGGGGCCCGCCGCGGACUAGCGCCGCCACCGGGGGCCCGCCGCGGACUAGCGCCGCCACCGGGGGCCCGCCGCGGACUAGCGACGCGCAGGUCCGAGGAGGGCCCCGCGCCCUGCGCGUACUGCCCCGCCCGGCUGCCGGCCCCCGCGUACAGGGAGCACCUGGCGGCCCACCACUCGGCCAGCCUGUUCCACUGCGACGAGUGCGACGCGUACGUCGACCGGAAGGAGUUCAUCCUGCACAUGUCGCGGCACGCGGUCGAGUACGCGCGGCGCGAGAGGAGGGAGCCCGCGCGGCGGCCGAGGCGGGCCGGCCGGAGGAGGGCCGCCGGGAAGGACGAGAACGAGAACGACGAGCGACGGAAGCGAACCCGACGGCCCCCCGGCGGGGGCGGGGCCGACGCCCGAGCGGAGGACGGCUCUCCGGGGGCGCCCGAGGUCCCCGCGCCGGGGGACGCGCCGCCGAACGAGUUCUCCGACCACAGCGACUCGGCGGACGGGUUCGGGCCGCUGCCCGAAUCCGUGUUCGAGGCGAUCGAGGACUCGCAGGAGAGCCGGCCCCGGACCCCGGGCUCGCCGACCCCCGGCGGAGCGAGUCCGCGCGCCCUCGAGCCUCCGCCUCCGCCCCCGCCGCCGCCGCCGCCGCCGCCACCGCCACCGCCGUCGACCGAGACCGCACCGGGUAGGAAGACGCGGACGUGCCAGAUAUGCGGGAAGGGGUACGCGGCCGCCUCGAGCUACUUCUACCACAUGAAGCACUUCCACGGGCGCAGCCGCGAGCACGAGUGCGGCACGUGCGGCAAGCGGUUCGGCACGCGCGCGGCGCUGGGCGCGCACGAGCCCGUGCACAGCGGCGCGUGCGCGUUCGGCUGCGACGCGUGCGGGAAGCGGUUCCGGUCCGCGGCGGGGCUGUACAUCCACGCGCAGACGCACGGCGGCGACGCGCGCAAGCGGUGGCGGUGCGCGCAGGCGCAGUGCGGGCGCGCGUUCCGCUGGCGCGCGCAGCUGGCGCGGCACGCGGCCCGGCACGCGCGGGCCCGCCCGCACGCGUGCGCCGUGUGCGGGCGCGGGUUCAGCGUGCGCGCGGACCUGCUGCGGCACGCGCGCACGCACGAGCGCGGCCACCACGCGUGCGCGCACUGCGGCCGGAGCUUCGCGCAGCCGCGCUACCUGAAGGUGCACCUGCACAGGAAACACCCGCCCGCCCCCGCCGGAGUGUAG